AAGAUGCACGCGGGGUCUGUCCGGUGAAGUAGAGCAGCAGACCGAAUCGCUGAGGUAGAUGCGGGAUGGACCGCAGCCUGCCAGUUUUUUCCACUCAAGACAGUCCCUUUGGAGAUGCUCCCCUCGGCCGAAAUCACUACUGGCCAUCCCGAAGCCAGACCUGGUGCCCUGAGACCCUGAGCCCAUCCAGGUCCCAGAGAUCGAGGCUCCCACAAGCUCCCAAGGUUCUAGCCACACGCCCCAACUCCCCUGAGCUGUUUGAGGAGUCCUGGCCAUCCAGUUCAGGGACCCCUUCCCCACCCAGCACCACUGAGGGACAGAUGGGAGCCUCCCCACCACCCACUCUGAUUGACAACAGGGACUCUGUGGUGGCCAAGUAUAUAAACAGGUUUCGCCAGGCUCAGCCCACAAGCCGAGAGGAACGCCAGCCUGCAGGCCCAACCCCAGCUGACUUUUGGUGGCUGCAGGCUGAGUCUCUAGACCCCAGCAGUCAAUUUGCAGCAGCAGGAGCCAACAAACCAGAAGGAAGACCCAGUACAGCAGUUCCAACUCCUGCCAAGAUGGCCAGCACAUCCCAGGCUAUGGCUCCCCUUCAGGAAAUAAAGCAGAACCUCAACACAUGGAACUCAUCCCUGCUGGACCUGGAGAUGCUGAGCCUACAAAGCAGAGCUUCCAAGCUGCUCAAACGCAGCAAGACCUCCACCUCCUCCUCCUCCCUCAGCCCCAGUGAUGCCAGCAGCUUCUCGUUCCCCAUCAGUUCUGAUGACCACUCUCCUUUCUCCGUGACCUUCACCCCUGACUCCAGUAAGGGCUUUGGCCCCAGGGGACCUGCAGCCCAGGCACCGGCCCAGGCCCCCACCCCUGUUCCAGUCCCUGUCUCCUCCCGGGUACCACUUCGGCCAGAGGAUGAUAUUCUGUACCAGUGGCGGCAGCAGCGGAAGCUUGAACAGGCUCAAAGAGGCGAGGGUGAUGGAACCUGGGUGCAGUCCCGCACCCCUGUCCUCACCACUCUGACCUCUGCUGCCCCUGCGGAGACCCUUGGUUCCCAGGGCACCCAGCCUAACUGCAUCCCACUGUGGGGCAGUGUGGCCCGGCCUGAUCCUCCAGAGGCCUUCUAUGCAGAGAGGCCUCCUAUUCCCCCAGGGUUCUCACCACACAUCUUCUGGGCCCCCAGCCCCCACAGCUUCUUCUGGGCCCCACAGUCCAGUCCCUGGGUAUCUCUCGGGGCUGUUCCUCCUCCCACGCCACCAACCUCCACCCUAAUUCCUCCACACUCCAUCCCGGCAACAUCGGCCUCCAUCUCCGCGCCCCCUGUCGUCCCCCAGGGCCCGUCCACCCCUGAGCCAAGUAGUUCCGUCCAGCCCAAGAGGCUGGGUCCCAAGCCUCAGAGGGGCAGAACCCCGCGCCAGGAGGCUUCUGGGCAAGUCACGCCAGCUGAGGAGGGGCCUGACCCGCAGCUCAGGGGCGCCCUGGGCCAGGUAGUGACAGCCCGGCUGUUCCCUGACAACUUGGAAGACACUCCCCCUCUCCUCCAGAGCCUGCCUCCACCCCAGGCUGAAUCUCUGAAAGUCAAGGCCACACACCCACAAGCCAAGGUUACGCCUCCUCGCUCAGAGGUCACGCCCCCUCAAGCCAAAUCACACUGUCAGUCUAAGGCCGAGUCUCCGAAAGCCAAGGCCACGUCCCUCCCAGUGGGGUUGAGGAAGGGCAAGGCCACUCCCUCCGCCGAAGAAGCCGGGUAUCCGCAGCCCAAGGGCCCACCCCCUCUAUCUGAGGAAGCCUCCACGCUCGUCAAGGCCCCGCCACCCACCUUCAAGAUGGGGUCGCUCGAGGCUGUAGCCACGCCCCCGCCCGCUGCUGACCACGCCCCCUCAGAGGACCUGCUCUGCCAGGCCGCUAGACUUCUGGAGGCCGCUGAAGACUCCGACGGCAGUGAGUUCCAGGACGACACCAUGCUGCAGGUGCUAAGAGCCCAGAGGGCAGAGCUGUGGCGGCAGAAAAGGAAAGUGGAUGCACGAUUAUCCCUCCUGUUGGACCACACCAAAGACCCGGAACUUGGCCCCCUCCAGCCAGGUUGGCCUCCUCCAGCCAGGUCGCCCCCCAGGUCCCCAAGGAGGCAGCUACGGAGGGAAGGAGCCUCCCUUGAGGCCAGACGACUUUGAAUUGUAUGAAUUCUAUUUUCCUGGUUAUCUCUGAAAAAAGGGUUGUUCUGAAAAGGCCAAAAGGUCAUGCUAAUUUAAAGAAAUAGGCCCCCCCUC